AUGGCGGCCGCUAGUAAAGCCACAAUUCCCAGCUCCUCAACCGUCCUUGGGUCCAUCUCAACCCCGAAUAAUCCAAAUCUGCUCAAAAUGUCCUACUACUUCACCAUUCUAUCGCCAACCGACACACCGUUGUUCAACAUCGCCUUUGGCACCUCGAAGGGGGGUGGUGAUGGCAUUGCCCGCUUCCGCUUCCCGGAGACAGCGCAAUACAUGAACCAGUUCAUCAUCCACUCAAGUCUGGACAUAUUGGAAGAAGCGCAAUGGACCAAUGGCGGAAUGUACCUGAAGCAUAUCGAUACCUAUCCACCGGCAGCUGCCUACAUCACGGCCUUCCUCACCCCAAGUGGCGCGCGAUUCCUUCUUCUUCACCAACCCCCGCAUCUCCCCUCUUCAACUAGCACAAGCAGCGGCCUUGGUUCAUCCUCACUACUAGGCUCAGCAGGAUCAACUACACGCGCUUCGUCCAGCUCCAUCGCCGCAAACCCUACCUCCCCACAGACCGAAGAGGCCGUGCGCCAGUUCAUGAACGAGGUAUAUGAGAGCUAUGUCAAGACGGCGAUGAACCCUUUCUAUAAGCAGGGAAUGGAGAUCAAGAGUCCUGUUUUCAGAACGCGGGUCACUGCUGCAGGGAAAAAAUGGCUCUAG